AUGGCAGACCUUUGCAGUGUGCCCCCCAAAAUCCUUGCCCCGGCCACCAAUGAGACACUGGAGCUGGCGCUGGGGACCCAGAUAGCGCUGAACUGCACCGUGCACUGGGCGGCCGCGGAGCACUGCGAGCCCGUCCCCACCUGGAGCAAAGACGGGCAAUGGCUGGGCAGCGAGAGCAGCCAGGACACUACCUGGUUUGCCCAAAAUGCCUCGGAGCGGCUCCUCGCCAGCGUCCUGCAGCUCAACCUCACGCACGAUGCCGACUUUGGGGUGUUUGCCUGCUGGGUCAGCAACGCCACGGCCACCUUCACCCUGCGGCGAGUGGAGGCAGCAGGGCACGUGCCCGCGGUGCUGGCAGCCCUCCUGGUCCUGGUGCUCCUGGUGCUUCUGGCCGGGCUCUAUGUCCGAUGCCGCCUGAGCGUGCUCCUCUGGUACCGGAACCGCUACGGCGAGCUGGAGAUCAACGACGGGAAGCUGUACGACGCCUACGUCUCCCACGCCACCGCCCCGGAUGACCGAAAGUUUGUCCACUUCAUUGUGAAGCCACAGCUGGAGAACCGCUACGGCUACAAGCUCUUCCUGGAUGAGCAAACUAUCCUGCCCAACUCCGAGCCAUCGGCUGACCUGAUCAUGAACGUGAGCCGGUGCCGGCGUCUCAUCGUGGUCCUCUCCGUCGCAUACCUGGAGCAAGACUGGUGCAACAGCAGCUUCAGGGAAGGGCUUUGGAGGCUGCUGGAGCUUUCCAAGAAACCCAUCUUCAUUGUCUUCGAGAGUCAGUACCGGGAGAUCGCCCACCCCGCCAUCAGCCUGCUGAAGCAGCACCGGAGCGCAGUGACCUUGCUGGUGUGGCGAGCUGGCUCCAUGACCCCAUCAUCGGACUUCUGGAAGGAGCUGUGCCUGGCCCUGCCCCGCAAGGUGUCCUUCCAGGGGACCAUGGGGGACCCGCAGACCCAGCUGCAGGAGGACAAGGACCCCAUGCUGAUCCUGCACAGCAGCUACCUGGACAGCGGUGGAGACCUCCACCCAGAUGGGGACCUUGGCCUCCGAGGAUGCGCUUUCAGAAGCCCCCCGCCUCCCCGCCUCGGCGCUCCCAUGGCUUCAGCUGCCGGCACGACGGAGGACACACAGCUGAGGGACGGCCAGAGACCCGAGCUCGACAUCUCAGACUUGGGAUCGCGCAACUACAGCGCCCGCACGGACUUCUACUGCCUGGUGACGGAGGAUGACAUCUGA